UGUCACAGAUACACUGGGUGAAGGGAAGCAGAAAGCUCACUGGCAGAAAUGAUGCGGAUGUUGUGUUUUUUCUGGUCUCUGGCACUGUGGCUGGACUAUGGACAGUCUCAGACUCUCACUCAGCCUCCAGACGUGACUGUGAAACCGGGAAACACGGCCACACUGGACUGCAACAUUGGAACGGCUGAUAGCUAUGUUAUAAGCUGGUAUAAGCAGACACCAGGAGCAGCUCCUCAAUGGAUCCUCUAUUACCAUUACACUAGCAGUGCCCCUACCUAUGGUUCUGGGUUUAGCAGUGACCGUUUCACAUCGACAGCCAACAGUGGCCACAAAAUUUACCAGUUAAUGAUAAAGAAUGUGGAGGUGAAUGACGCUGCCGUCUAUUACUGUGAAAAGUGGUUUUCUUCGAGCAGUAGUUUUGUGCCAGUGUUCGGCCAAGGGACCAAACUCUUUGUUGCAGCUCAGCAACUCCCUGACCCUUCGGUAAAACUGCUUGGACCUUCAGCCGAUGAGAUGUCCACUAAAGGAGCCGGCACGUUAGUUUGCCUGGUCAGCAAACUGUCCAUGGGCUUUGCUGCAGUCAGCUGGACAGUCGAUGGGAGCCCGACGAGCAGCAAGGUCCAAACCAGCAUGGCGUCGCGGAACCCGGACAACACCUUCAGCCUUAGCAGCUACCUGACAGUCCCUGGCAGAGAUUGGAGCAGUGGGAAGGUGUACUCCUGUACAGUUCAACAAGGAACAGCUUCAAAAACAUCUGUAACUGCCUCACAAUCCAAUUGUUAAAUAGAUCAAAGUUUAUUUUGUGCAUUCUGCCUGAGUAGUGAGAAAAUGUUAAUUUACCACCACCCUCCUACCCUCUCAGCCACCUUUACCCACUCUGUCCCCUGGUAUCUGUUGCAUUCCGUUUUGCUUUGUGUGAUUUUGCUGUAUCAUUUUAAAUGUUUGCACCUGAGGUAGGUUUUGCUCAGUCUCUCCCCUUGCAAGAGGCUACACCAGGGUUAAAAUGACCAGAUACUUGGCUCCAACCAGGAUUUUCAGUGCAAAUUGGUGGCUUGUUCAGCACCAGUGGUAGAUUGAAUGAAAAUGAUUAAUGGGGGUAAUUUGUGAUCUGCCAACAGCACCAGCCAGACAAUGCAUGCCACUGAAUGUAACUUCCAAUAAAGAGAAUCUGUGCAGGAAAUAUACGUGUGUUCUGUCACCUUGUCUGGUCCUAACCCCACCAAAUGUUCUAGACGUAAGGAGUGCAAUGU